AUGUGCUCACACGAACUGCCCUCCGUCUGGAAAACCUACGAGCCUGAGCACUCGCUCAGUGUGGCAGAUCUGAAAGAAGCCAUGAAUUCAAGGAUGGAUCAAGUGCCGGUGGACAGCCGAAUUCCCAAGCAACUGUUCGACUUUUAUGAAGACAAUCUGAAAAUGUUCGGCCGUCUAGUCGGCCUUCAGAAACUGGCAGCCUCCAAUUUCUUCUGUCCCUGUUUCAUGGGUUUUCAGGUAGGCUUCCGCUCGAAAGCAUACAUUUGCGUGAUUACUUGA